AUGAAGGACAUCCUGAGCCGGGUGCGCUGGUUCAAUCUCGCGAUAUUGACCGUUACGCCUGGCAUAUGGAUUUACGGCACGCGUACGACACCGCUGCGCACGGAAACGUUGCUGUGGUCGAUGGCGUACUACGUCUUCACAAUGAUAGGUAUCACAGCCGGGUACCACAGGUUGUGGUCGCAUCGAUCGUACAACGCCUCUCGGAUCCUGCAGUAUCUCUUGGUCGUGAUGGGGGCCAGUGCAGUACAGGGGUCGGUCUACUGGUGGGCGCGAGGCCAUCGCUCGCACCAUCGAUAUACCGACACCCCGCUCGACCCGUACAACGCGAAGCGCGGAUUCCUCUACAGCCACAUCGGCUGGAUGCUCGUCAAGCCCGCCGUGAGGCCAGGGCACGCCGACAUCAGCGACCUGCAGAAGAACGACAUCGUGCAGUGGCAGCACCGGCAUUACUUCGCUCUCAUCGCUGUGGUUGGGUACAUCCUCCCCACGGUCGUGGCCGGGCUUGGCUGGGGAGAUUGGUGGGGUGGCUGGUUUUACGCAGCGAUGAUGAGGAUAACACUCGCGCACCAUUCCACCUUCUGCAUUAAUUCUGUCGCGCAUCACCUGGGCGAAAGCCCCUUUGACGACCGGAAGUCGGCGCGAGACCACUUCUUCUCAGCGCUGCUCACGAUGGGCGAGGGGUAUCAUAACUUCCACCACCAAUUCCCGAUGGACUACCGAAAUGCGCGAAAGUGCUAUCAGUACGACCCGACGAAGUGGUUCAUUGCGUCAUGCGCCGCGGUCGGCCUCGCGUCAAAUCUGCGUGUGUUUCCGGAAAAUGAGAUCAGCAAGAGCGAGCUCACGAUGGAGCUGAAGCGUUUGAAGGGCGAGCAGGACCGCAUUCGGUGGCCGCCCAAGCUGGAGGAGCUGCCAGUCGUUGACUGGGAGACGUUCCAAUGGCAGUCAGAAAAACGUAGGCUGGUGAUCGUGUCCGGGUUCAUACACGACGUUGGCGAUUUUCUCGACAAACACCCAGGCGGGGAGCGACUAUUGCUGAAGAAAGUCGGCAAGGACGCCACCGCAGCAUUUUGCGGAGGUGUGUACGACCACGGCAACGCAGCACACAACCUGCUGUCGAUGAUGCGAGUAGGUAUCCUUCUCGGCGGGGUCGAGCACGUGAACACCGUCGCUCCCGGCGAGCGACUGCGCAUCGUCGAGCGUAUAUUCGAAUAA